CGACGCUCGUGUCGUCAUGCCCAAUCGGAAACUCAAAGAGAAGACGCUAGAGACACUUUAUCGUAACACACACUUCUCCAAACAUGAAGUGGAGGCCCUGUUUGGUAUGUACAAGCGGCUGGUAACUGCUGCUCAGAGCACGCUGCCCACCGGCGCCAUAGCACAGACCCCGGCUAAGGUUGAUGGUAUCGACCAAGGCACAUUCCGAGACGUGAUGCACAACACCUUCGACAUGAUCACCGAGGAAGCCAUCCUAGAACGGAUCUGGAUUACAUGGGAGCGGGGUGCGGCGGGGGGCGAGGGUGCGCUCAGAUUCGAGGCCUGGGUGCGCGGGCUGAGCGUGCUCCUCAAAGGCACCGACGAAGAGAGGAAAAACCACUGCUUCGCCGUGUACGACCUGAACGCCGACGGGUACAUCACGAGGGACGAGAUGUUCGUGUUACUGAAGAACUCCCUUCUGAAGCAGCCAGGCGACGAAGAUCCAGAUGAGGGGGUGCGGGAGCUGGUGGAGCUGGUGCUCAAGAAGCUCGAUGUAGACAAAGACGGCCGCGUAUCCAUCGACGACUACAAGUUAGCUGUGGACCAGGAGCCCCUAUUGCUUGAAGCUUUUGGACAAUGUCUACCUUCGCGGACACAAGCCACCACUUUUCUGAAGACUCUAAACCCUAAACUUUAGGGUUUUAAUAAUGUUCCUAAAAAAAAUACUGCAAAAAUUCUACGCGUACCGCGGCGGCAGCAGUCGGGGCUCGAACCCGCACCCUUAUUCAUUAUGUCUUAUUCAUUUAAAGACCACCAACCUGACAAACGCCAUUCAUAUUAGGUAAUUUAUGUCAGUGCAGAAGGCAAUAUUGGGUCUGAUUAUAAACUUAAAUAAGUUUAAGUACAGUUAGUAUAAGAGAACCUUCAUCAGUUAUCUUUUUCAUUCCUUUGUCAAGUCGUAAACUCUUUGUACCGUUUGAAACUAAAGCAUUACGCAGACAACCGUACAUAAAAUUAUACUAACAUAGUAUGAUAACAAGGGUCAAAUUAGUGCACACCUUUGACCUACGUCUAGUUUCAUAUCAACAGCAAACCUUUUUAAUGGCCUAGUUAGUUAUUACUUAUUUUUAGUAUUUAUUAGUUAUUUUUCGUUACUUACGAUAUUUUCUGUUUAAUUAUCAACGUCUUUCACUGUCACAUAUUUUUGCAAUAAUUAAUUUAUUGCUCCGUCGUGUGCAAUUUGAUAAUGCCGAGGAAUUUUAAGCAUCGAGGAAAGAACUGCAAUAUUUGCAGACCAUGUAUGUAUUAUAUAGCUGGGUAUAAAUAAUAUUAGCGAAAUAUCGUUAAAUCUCAACAUCAAAAGAGAUACUGUAAGGUUCUGUGUGGGUUCUGGAUCAUCAGACACGCGGAAGAGGAAAAUCUUACUGACCAUCGCCAUACUAGUUCUGGACGCCGCCCGACCCUCAUCAAUGAACAAUUAAAUUAUAUGGGCUAAACUAUACUUCCAGGGCCGAAGUAGUGAUACUUCACACUAGGUUAGGUGAGGUUAGGUUAGUGUUGUGACAAUAACGCGCGAGCCGAGCGAGCGAAGCGCCAGAAAAAAAAAAUUUAAGAGACCUUUAUUAAAAAAACAGCAAGUAUCACCUCUUGGGCCCUGGAAGUACAGUUCUACCAUUAUAUGAGCCAAAACUAUGAAGAAAAUGGUUUUGAGAAUACUAGUUUUUUUUGCUGAAAUGUUUGACGUGUCUCCAAGAAUAAUAAGAAGUGGAUUACAUUGCACUCGAAUCCACCGUCAUGCCAAAAAAGUGGCUUUAACUUGUACUCAUAAAGCUCAACGUUUAAGUUUUGCCAGAUCAUAUUUAAAGGAGAUUGCUCAAAUUGGCCCAAAUGCACAAAAAAUAUUGACAUACAGGGUAAUUCUUGGCGUAAUUUAUAAUUUAAUUUACAGUCAUUAGUUUUCAACGGACACCUUUGUAUAAUAUAUUUACUUUUAAAAGAACUUUUAAUUUUACCGGUUUGGAAAACAUACAAAUCAUGGGUGUAGUAACAUCCAGCCAAAGACUGAUCGAAGUUGUUUAUAUAACAUAAAAACAAAUCUAUUUUGUAAAGAUCGAUAAAAUAAAUCAUUUUUUUAUUAGGUACACUGUGGUAUUAAUGUCCGCAACUAUUUCUCUCAAGAUGCAAAUGUGCUCAGACAAUUAUUAUAGAUGGUAGGCGACAUCAUAAAGUCUAUUGCCAUACAUUUUUCGCCAAAUACCUCCUUAAACACAUUAUAAUCUGUAUAUAAUAUGUUAGACUUUAAGGUAUCUAUCUGUGGGCCUACGUUCCCUGACUAUAAAUUAAUAAAUAAAUAAAAUUAUAAGGUGUGAUACACUAAAAAUCUAAAAUAUGGUUAUCUUAAAAACAUAACAAAAUAAUGAAGCUACUGAAUAUAUGGCUAUAGAACCUAAAUCUCUAAGCUUUCUUUGGUCAACGAGAGUUUAAAAAUUCUCUCUAAUCUGUGGCUCAUUCACAAUCAUCACACAGUUUCUG